CGCCUAACUAACCCCUCCUCUACCGAGCUAACCUUCACCUCAGGAUUUAAGUAGCUUCGCCUCCAUCACUAGACCCAUGCUAGACCUAGGCUGAGAAGAGAGCGAAGGAGGAGUAGUCUAGAAAUUAUUUUCAACUUCUGAAUUCUUCUCAUAUCUCUUUCUACGAGGAAACCAAAUAGAGUCUUGAAUUAUCUACGCAACAUUCUUGAGCUUUUCAACGUUGAAGAAACCGUACAACCAGCAACAUGUGUACAGGAAAGUGCUCUAAAGUCAUCGCGAUCCCGCUCUACAUCUUGGCGGGGGUCUCAAUCAUCUGUAACAUCAUUGCGUUCUUCCCCGGCUGGAAGACGAAUUACGCUGAGGAAGAAAGAGAAGGGAAGGGAGACCGGAUCACAGAUGAGGUUAAAUAUAUGGGAGGGUUCAUCGGUGGCGGACUCAUGGUGAGUUUAAUUUUGACCAUUUUGUAACAUGGUUGGUUUCAUUUUGACCAUUACCUAACAUUAUUAGUUUAAUUUUGACCAUACUACAAUAUGAUUCUUUUAAUUUUGACCAUUAUGUGACAUGAUUGGUUUAAUGUUGAACAUUAUGUGACAUGAUUGGUUUAAUUUUGGCCAUUACGUGACAUGAUUGGUUUAAUUUUGAACAUUAUGUAACAUGAUUGGUUUAGAAGACCAGUGUUUAGGUCAGUUCCAUUUUAAUUCAGAAAAUGAACUGAAAUUUCAACUCCAAAGUUCCUUAUUGAAAAACAAUAUUGACUGAAUUGAAAUGGAAUUGACCCCAAUCUUGGUUUAGACAUGCUGAUUCUAUAGACAAUUGGUCACACCAUGAUCACAGGUUUGUGUAGUCAUUUUUAGAUGUAUAAAAAUACAAUAAAAUGUACCCUUUUCAUGAUCAACAGUUUCCUAAGUGUAAAUUCAUCUGAAUGCUGAAUGGAUCUAUACAUGUGAAAUAUGCUGUCUCAAUAUGCUACUCCAAGACAAAAUAAUUGUGAAGAAGUGUUUUAUCUCUCUCUCUCUCUCUCUCUCUCUCUCUCUCUCUCUCUCUCUCUCUCUCUCUCUCUCUCUCUCUCUCUCUCUCUCUCUCUCUCUCUCUCUAUAUAUAUAUAUAUAUAUAUAUAUAUCUUUAGUGCCUUAUUCCAGCCAUCCACAUCCACCUGACCAGCAGUAAUGGUUGCUGUGCCAACCGCUGUGGGGUAAGUCGAACAACAGUCCCCUAACCACAGAUCUAGGAUCAGAUUACCCUCCCCCCAAUCCUAACCUUAACCAUUAAAGGGAUGAGUAAAUAUCUAAACCUGUAUCAGUUUCAUUCUCUCUACUGCACCACACAACAUGAGGGUGGUGGUUUGGGCCUAUGGGUGGGCCAAUGACAGCUUGUGUAUUAUAAAUUCAUCACAAUAGUGCAAUAACGAAAAACACCUUGACACCUUGCGGUCCUUUGUAGCUCAAUUGGUAGAGCAUGGCGCUUGUAACGCCAAGGUAGUGGGUUUGAGCCCCGGGACCACCCAUAUGUAAAAAAUGUAUGCACACAUGACUGUAAGUGGCUUUGGAAAAAAGUGUCUGCUAAAUGUCAUAUUAUAAUCACUUCACCACCCUCUACGUGUGUAAUGUCAGGAGAUAACAAACUGUCUGUUUAUGGUUCUGUCUGAUGUUGGCCCACAAUGUUACAUUAUGGGUCAGUCUAAUUUCCCAAUGAAAGCACAUUUGUAAAAAGUUUUAGAUUACUCAAGGAACCAAUCUAACAUAAACUCUUGGGUCAGAAACACACCAGCCUUGGAUUAGAUGUAUUUGUCAUCCUAUAUUUAAAACGAGUUUGUAGAAGCCUAAUUAAGAACAAAACCUAUUUUCCAGGUGGUAAAUACACACAAAAAAGCUAACAUCUACAAUAAAAUCUCCCUUCUCUUCCCCUGACCUCCUCCCUAACCUCUCUGACCUCUGACCCCUGUCUGUGUCUCUUCUUUUCAGAUGUUCCUGUCCAUUGGGUUUGCUGCUGCUGGGGUUGUUGGAGCGCUGUACAGUUUGGCUACGUCUGCCCUGGUCCUGGCCAACGGGCCUGUCUGCUUAUUCUUGGCUCCAGGUGAAACAGUUCCAAAUUGGGGGAGGCCCUUCAUGAACAAGUACGUAUUUUUAUAACUUUUUCCCCAGCUUUAUUUAACCAGGUAGUCCCAUUGAGGUCAAAUACUGCUUUUUAAUGAUAACACAACUAUUAUUAUUUAUAUCUCUUUGGAUACUAUGCCUGGCUACUGUAAAUAACUUUAUGAUGCCUGCCGAUGUAAAAAUAUCAAUACAAUUGAUUGCUUGCUUGAUUGAUUGAAUGAUUGCUUGAUUGUUCAUCGUUGCAGCAGCGGCAAUUACCUGGGCGAUAGUGAACUCUGGAAGACUUGUAAAGAGCCAGAGGAUGUUGUGCAGUUUAACAUCGGCCUGUUUGCCACUCUACUGGUGGCUGCCAGCCUGGAGCUGGUGCUGUGUGGAAUACAGAUGGUCAACGGACUGUUCGGAUGCAUCUGUGGUACCUGUGGCGGAAAGGAGGUGAGAGAGGGGGAAGGGGAGGGGGAGGGGGAGAGUGAGAAGAGAAGGGGGAGGGGGAGGGAGGGGGAGGGAGUAAGAAAGAAAGUGUUCACCUAACCUUUGACCUUUAUCUCCUGCCAGUAGGAAAUGUGAUGAUCCAUGAUGACCAUCGACUGUGACCAUUUUUCAACCACGACCACUUGAGGACCGUAAAGAGCUGACCGCAGCAACCCCACCCUUAUACUAUCCUUCAUCAAGAGGAAUGAAUGGUUAUUGAAGAGUGGUUAUAUUCACUUUAUCUUUGCUCUGGGGCCUAUUUAUAAUAUACCUAGACUGCUUAGUGUAGGCUAUUAAAACACAUCAGUGAUUGUAAUAUGUAGCCUAUAGUCACGUUUGUAUAGGUAUGACAUUUGCUUGUUCUGUCAAUUGUAUGUUUCUCAUGUUUUAAUUGAAUUCUAUGCAGAUUUGAAUUUGUUUUAUUUUGUAAUAAAGACUGAAAAAUG